AUGAAUGGCAACGCUACCUUCCCUUCGAGGCUGUACCAGGCCGAGUCGCUCCACCUCGACGACUUCAAGCAGACCUGCUUGCGCUCCGUUGAUACAUCCACCUACCCGCUGGCUUGUGCCGUUGAGUGCAAUGUCCCCAUCUAUGAUCUCGCCGCGCUCGAGAUGCAAACAGUAACGGCCGAGACCCUCUCGCGCCUACAGGAUGAAUGGCAUCACAUCCUGCACACCGGGCCCGGUAUCUUCGUACUGCGAGAUAUGUAUGCACCCUCCCGGUACGGCGGCAUCCUGUCCGCCACCAACGCGGCCUUUGACCGAAUCAUCGCCAAAGAGCGCGCCUCCAAUGUAUCAAAGGGUGACCACUUCGCCGCCGGCGGCAGCAAUGACCGCAUCUGGAACGCCUUUCAGAAACACGGCGAAGAAGACCCCGCCUCAUUCCUUGACUACUAUGCCAACCCAUGGCUGGCCUCUGCCUGCAACGCAUGGCUCGGUCCGGGCUACCGCGUCACUGCACAGGUGAAUGCAGUCCAUCCGGGCGGCGCGGCCCAGGAAUCCCACCGCGACUACCAUCUGGGCUUCAUGGAGCCGGACACCUGCGUGCGCUACCCGAUCCCAACGCAGUUAGCUUCCCAGUUCCUGACACUGCAGGGUGCUGUCGCCCACAGUGAGAUGCCCGCCGACAGUGGUCCAACACGCUUCCUACCCUUCAGCCAGACCUACGCCCCAGGGUAUCUAGCCUGGAAACGACCAGAGUUCCGUGCCUUCUUCGAAGAGAACUACGUCGCACUCCCACUCAAGCUAGGCGACGGAGUCUUCUUCAACCCAGCCCUAUUCCACGCCGCCGGCGCAAACAUAAUGGACCCAUCCAACGGAGGUUUCCGCCGCGUCGCAAACCUCCUCCAGAUAAGCAGCGCUUUCGGCAAACCGAUGGAAACAGUCGACUCCCUCCGCCUCAUUGACGGAACCUGGGACCUACUAGCAAAGCGAUACGCGGCUGCAGGGAUCGCAGAUGCGGAGCUGGACCCUGGCCGGCACUCGCUUGCGCAGCGCGAGAUCAAGGCGUUCGUGCAGGCCGUUGCGGAAGGGUACCCUUUCCCCACAAAUCUGGACCGCCGGCCACCUGCGCCGAGUGGUAUGGCACCGGAGAGCGAGCAGGAUCUUCUGGUGCGGGGGUUGGAGGCGGGUUGGUCCCGUGCGCAGGUUGUCGCCUCACUUGAGCAGAUGCGUCGGGAUGAGAGGGCUUAG